AUGGCGCUUACAUUACCGCUUCAUGUAAUAGCUAGUGUACAGCGUUGUUGCUCAAAUCAUGCUGGUACGUCAAAUCUUCCAGAUCAAAUCAUUGAACUUAUCAUUAAUCGAUCAUCCAUAUUUGAUAUCAUCAAAUGGCAACAAAUUUCAAAAAAAUUUCAAAGAGCAGCUCAGAAACGACUUGAUAUGUAUACAAUGAUUGAUAUUAAAGUAUAUAAUGGUUUACAACAAUUGCGACAUAAUACAAAAGCAAAAUCCGAAUAUGAUUGGCAUCCAUCAUUAGCAUUAAUGAUUAUGGAAUUAGAGUCAAAUCAUCUUGGUAUAGUGAUUGAUUCAGAAUUAAAGACAAAUAAUGUUACUGCUUUAUUACAUUUGCUAUUUACAUUAAGACGUAAAGUGGAACAAUUAUUUAUUGAUAGUCCAAUUAUUGAAUUACUUGUUGCGCAGAUCAAUAAAGAACAAAUUAAUAUUUUAAUUGAAAUGGUUAGUCUUUCACGAAAAGUGAACUGUUGUCGUGGUGUAACACAUAAUCAACAAUUAAAAUUAACACCGCUUCAUCGGAUAUAUUUCCCGGAUACACCUUUUUUUCCGAACCUGAAAAAAUUAUCCAUUAUAUCAAAGGCAAAUCAAUUGCAACAUCUUUCAAGAUUACUUGGUUAUGCGGUAUCGGUAGAUUUACUCUAUCAUGUAGAACAAAUGGAUGUAUUAUGUUUAAAAAUUUUAAUUAGUAAUAUUUGGGCUCGGCCAACCAAAUUUCGAUUAUUUAAACAUUUAACAAGAUUUAGACAAUGGACAGAAGCAGGUAUGCUUGGUGAACGUUAUUUUCAGCAAUUUACUACAACACGUAAACGCUCAAAAAGCUUAUCAUAUUGCUUGUAA